AUGUCUAGAGUACGAUAUUUGAAUUUACAAACAAGGCGGCUUUCCACUUUGCUCAAGAAGGAUAUCCACAGUCUCCAACCCAAGGAUCUUACCCACGAGUCCAUAAAUCAUGAUGAUUACGAUGGCUUGCGUAAACUAAUCGUUGAACUUUCCAACUCCUCGAAUCCUGCUAAGCUGAAACUUUAUGAGCACCUUAUACCAACUUUUGGCAGGUACUUUCAAAUCCAGGACAGCUCCUUUGACAAUGAAAUGUUGAAACACCUUAUUGACUUGAAUCCAGGUAGGGUGUUCACUACUGCCGAGUUGUUUGAGAAACAUGCAAAUGAAAAAAGCAAUGACUUGGUAAACCAUGUCUUUGAUAAAUUAGUAAAGGAGUAUAUUGAAGAUACAGAAAGUGAAAUUGAUAGUGUGUUUGCAUUCUUUGAGCAAUAUGGAAGAGAAAUGCGUCUUGGACAAGGCGAUAUUAGCGCAAUGUUAUUGACUGAAAUGAUUAAGCGUGAGGAUGCAAAACUGAUUCGCAGGUUUUUUGGAACAAUUGAUGUGAAUAAGGAGGUUUGCUUGGAAGUUGCCAAACACAAAUUGGAUUCAUCAUGGGGUAGAUUUGCAUUUAUUGAGCUUGUUAAACAAUGGUUCCGAAUCGGGGCAGCGGACAUUAGGCCAUGGGUUUAUGAAGUAACUUUAAGGAUUCUCAACUUUAACAAUAACGAUUUACAAAAUCUUGUUGGUGCUAAUGAGUCUGAAAGUGAUGAAUUUGCUACUUUAAGCAAUGAUAUCAUUAAUUUUAUAAAUGAGAGCAAGAUGGACAUGGAGGCUUCCAAUGUUUACCUUCGCUCACUCAUCCUUGAGGUAUGCGGUAUUGCAAGAGAUGAUUUGGAUGCGACACUUCGGAAAUAUGCCCACUACGAAGGGUUUGCACCAUUUGGCCUUGAAAGUCUUAAGCAAUCGAUGGUGAAAAUCUUUGCAUACCAAGCUAUAAAACACAACAAGUCCAUAUAUGUAUCCACUGCAGAGGCGAUCCAGCCUCCCGAAACCACGAUCUCGUCUUUACAGCUCUUGAUUGUUUUAAAAUCCUAUUUCAAUGCUGAUGAUGGCUUAGAGUUGUUCAACAGCUAUGUGAGUCAAGUUUCCGACACAGUUAAAGAGGGCAAGUCGCAAAAAGGUGCUUUGACAGAGGCCAUUAUUUUAGGAUUUUUGGUGCAUAACGAUCGCGAGUUUGCUACGCUUAUAUUUGAUAAGGCAGUGGAAGGCCAAAUUAUUCUGGACGAGCUAGAAAUUACGAGGAUCAAGAAAUGGUUCAAGGCUUAUAGUGACUCGUUUAUCGAGAAGGAGGACUGGGAGGCACAUGCAAAGCAUAUGAUGAAAGAGCAGGCAUUGCAGUUUAUCCAAAAUGUUGGAACCGCAAAAUUACUGGCAUUGAUCCCCAAGGAGAGUAUGUAG